AUGGAUCCGUUGAGACUUGCGGUAAUCAUAGCUGUGGCUGCUUGCAGUCCCAAUCCAAACGAUCGUAAAGCCGCUGAGCAGAGCCUUGAUCAGAUUAAGCAUACUCCGCAGCAUUUGAUUAGGGUUUUGCAAAUUGUUGUUGAUGGUGGUUGUGACCCUGCUGUACGCCAAGCUUCUUGUGAUCAGACCAAAAUCUUGCCAAGUGAUAAGAAUGUUUUCACGGACCAGAUUCUUGUCUAUGUCUCUCAACUUCCACCUAUUUUAAGAGUUCAAAUGGGGGAGUGCUUGAAGACAAUCAUUUACGCUGACUACCCUGAGCAAUGGCCUCAUCUCCUGGACUGGGUCAAGCACAACUUGCAAGAUCAGCAAGUUUAUGGAGCCUUGUUUGUCUUGCGGAUUAUAUCUUCAAAAUACGAGUUUAAAUCAGAUGAAGACAGAGCACUCAUUUACCGAGUAAUCGAGGAGACAUUUCCACAUCUUUUGAAUAUAUUUAAUAAGCUUAUCCAUAUCGAAAAUCCUUCUCUUGAAGUGGCAGACCACAUCAAGCUUAUAUGCAAGAUAUUCUGGUCAUGUAUUUAUCUAAAGCUUCCAAGACCCUUGUUUGAUCCAACAUUUUUUAAUGGUUGGAUGGUUCUGUUCCUAAACAUUUUGGAACGUCCUGUUCCCUUAGAAGGCCAGCCUGAAGACUCCGAGCUCAGAAAAUCAUGGGGAAGACCAAGAAGUGGGUUGCUCACAUUUUAA